AUGUCCCAUGUUUGCUCAAACCUGAAGCAAAAGAUCAUCGCCAUACCAUACAUCGUCACUGAGUUGAACAGGAGUGGAAGACAGGCCGAGCACAGUCAACGAUGCCUCAAGAAACGACGCAAGCCGAGAAGAUCGGUUCAAAGCAACCCCGACACCAGCGCGACGUUGCCAAGCGCUGUCUCCAGCCAUGCAGAACUGGUUGAACCAGUCAAAGGAAGCGGAACCUUGGUCGCAUGUUCAGCUUCAGACACAACCAACCAGGACUCGAGCGGCUGA